UACUACUACACAAAAACGUAUUUUUCAAAAUUGUUAAAAAAUAAACUUAAAAAUAUGAUUUCUUCCAUAAAUUUUCUAUUCCUACUGUCAUUAGGCAUUCUUUCGUGGUUUAUUUUGUGUUACAUUCAACAAAUCGAGCAAAUUUUAAAAGUUGAUAGCAAUAAAGCCCAGGAACUACCAAAAGAAGAAUUUCAAAGCAUGACCACCGCUCAAACAAAUCCUCAGAUGGUUAAAAUUGUUGACACCAAUCAUGAUAAUUACGAUCUCUAUAUUAAUUUCUUGGGUAUCUUUGUGUGUAUUUAUGCUUUGGCCAAAAUUACCCAUAUAGCAGAAAUGUAUAUGGCUAAACGUAUACGUCAUAAAAUCUACAUACCAACAAUUCACCAAACCGAAUUGGAAGACUCGGAAACAUUAAGCGAUUUAAGGGAACAGCAAGAAAAUCUUAAGUGGAAAAUCAAUCAGAUGGAAAAGCAAAGUCGUGAGCUAAAAUUGAAACUUAAAAAAGUGGUGGAGAAUCAAACGCCUGUGCCUGUACAAGGGGAGUUGGAAGAGAAAAUACACAAUAUAUUCAUAAACCAUCGGCAUAUACAUUUAAAUCGUCAGAUCUAUGUGAAUCAGGGCGGAACAGUUAAUAUGGAAUUUGGAAAAGAAAAAAAGGAACCAUGUAGCAUUUGGGACAAGUAUAUGGAGCUGAAAAAUUCUACGUCUGAGAAAAGCAAUGGAAAUUUGUUAAGUCAUAUGCCUGUGGUAAUGUCUAGUGAAGAGUUGGAUAAUAUAAAAGCUAUCUUUUAAAUUUCGGAAAUAUAACGGAAGUUCACCAUAUAAUCUAUCAAACUUUUUACUUAUGUCUAUAUUUUAUAAAAAAUACCAUUUAUCUAUUUUAUACUGUACAUAUAAAAACUAAUUUGAAAUAAAAUAACGAAUAA